AUGGAGAAAGUCGACGUUCUUAUUUGUGGUAGCGGAUCUGCUGGGCUCUGUGCUGCUACUUGGCUUGCACGUUAUGGCGUACGCUGCAAAGUAUUGGAGCGGCGUGAUGGCCCUAUGAAGAUGGGCCAGGCGGACGGCGUGCAAUGUCGAACCGUUGAGAUUUUUGAAAGCUUUGGGGUCAGCGAAGAGCUUCUUCGUGAGGCUUACCAUGUCCUGGAAGUCAACUUCUGGGCCGACAAUGGUGCUGGUGUCAUCAAACGGACAGGUCGAACAGCAGAUACGCAGCCAGGUCUAUCGCAUCAGCCUCAUGUUAUUCUGAACCAAGCCCGAAUUAAUGGACUCCUCAUUGAGUUGAUGCGGAAAUACAACGAUCAGCAAAUCGACUAUGGAUACAACGUGACCGGUGUUGAAGUGAAUAGCGUCCUUGUUGCAGACCAUGACGCUUAUCCGAUCAAAGUCACCGCAGAGAAGAAUGGAAAGACAGAAACCUUUGCGGCUAAGUACGCACUGGCCUGUGAUGGGGCACACAGUGUUGUCCGUAAAGCCCUAGGGUACAAGAUGAUUGGAGACAGCAGUGAUGCCGUCUGGGGCGUCAUGGACAUGGUUCCUCGAACAAAUUUCCCUGAUAUCCGCAAGAAAUCGACUAUCCGGUCUCAGGCCGGGAACAUUCUGAUCAUCCCCCGCGAGGGCGAUAGCGACAACCUCACACGCUUCUAUAUUGAACUUGCCGCAGGAACCAACCCAAAAGAAGUGACCCUAGAGAAUCUGCAGGCGCAAGCGCAAAGCAUCUUCCACCCAUACAAAGUGGAGUUCGUAGAAACUGUUUGGUGGUCUGCGUAUGCAAUUGGUCAACGUCAUGCCGAUUUCUUCCACAAGGACAACCGAGUCUUUUUGGCAGGUGAUGCCUGUCAUACCCACUCUCCGAAGGCUGGACAGGGCAUGAAUGUCAGUCUUCAGGAUGGCUACAAUAUCGGCUGGAAGCUCGGCGAAAUACUCACCGGUCUCGCUACUCCCUCACUUCUGGAGACUUAUGUCCUGGAACGCCAAAAGGUCGCCAUUGAUCUGAUUAACUUCGAUCGAUAUUUCUCCAAACUGUUCUCAUCUGGAGCUGCAACUCCGCCUGCCGAGUUCCAAGAAGGUUUUAUCAAGUCUGGUAAAUAUACGGCGGGAUUGACAGCACAGUAUGAUGUCUCGCCUAUCACAUCUGCAUUGGAAUCGGCGAAACUCGCCUCAAAUGUGGUCGUUGGCAUGCGAAUGCCUAGUGCACAGGUUGUGCGCUUCUGUGACUCUCAGCCCUUGCAACUCAUGAAGUGUCUCAAAUCGGAUGGCCGAUGGCGCAUCAUGGCUUUUGUCGGUGAUCUGGGGGUUCCAGAGAAUCAAUUAAAACUGAACAGAUUUGGAGAUUAUCUUAGCUCAGAGGAGGGGCCAAUCCACAAAUUCACGCCUAAGAGUCAAGAUAUUGACAGCCUGAUCGAGACUAUCCUGAUUGGCCAUGGGAAGCGGCAUGAAGUUGAACUGGAGCAAAUUCCCGGGUGCUUCUAUCCACUAUCUGGGAAGAAUCAAACAAGAGAUCUGCACAAGAUUUAUUAUGACGAUGAAAGCUACAACCAAGGUCACGGCCAUGCAUACAAAUUCCUCGGCAUUGAUCCGACACAAGGUGCUAUCCUUAUUGUUCGCCCUGAUCAAUAUGUGUCUGCCGUUAUGGGCCUGGGUGACUAUACGGAAAUCGGCAAGUUCUUUGCCGGAUUUCUCAAAAUCCAAACGUAG